AUGAAAUAUGAUUUCGUAGGGGUUCGCUUUAAUCAUAUUUCGCAGACGGUAUCGUUAAGUCGGGGCGCGGCGGGCCGUCCCCUGUAUACCAUCCGCCUGGCCCAGCAACGGCUAGGGGAAUUACUGGACAAUGGACCGGUUUGUUCCCCACGCCAGGCAUCAACUUCCGCCACGUUGGCCGCGAGCGCCUUAUUGUUUGACGGUCCAGGGGAAGAAUUGAUCGCCGGCGGCGCUUGGAACAAAGCGCCCCACAUGAUUUUCCAAGCGGAAGCUCGCGCGGUUCACCUGGCCUUACGGGCCUUACGCCGCCAACUCGAGGGGCCUUUGCAUAUCUGUGGAGAUAGCGCAGCCGUGGCGCACAUAAUGACAACAAGCAACGCACACUCGGAAGCGCUCGUGCGAGAAGCGACGGCCAUCAACAGGGCACUGUGGGACCUCAAGGUGGGUGCUGCGUGGCGUUACGUGGCCUCGCGGAACAAUCCUGCGGACGGCAUUUCCAGAGGUCAGGACGUAAAAGCACUUGACCUAGCGAAGGGAAGCGCGGGAGGCGGGUGA